CCCCGCAGCCUGUGGUCUCACAGAGCAUGAUGAAGCUCCUGCCCAUCAUCCCGCUCCUUCUGCUUCUCCUGACGAUGGUGGAAGCCAGACCAAAACCUGCAGCCCUGAAGUGCAGGACAGGUCCCCUGGACAUUGUGUUUGUGAUCGACAGUUCCCGCAGCGUGCGCCCCUUCGAGUUCGAGACCAUGCGUCGGUUCAUGAUGGAUAUCAUCAGCAGCUUGGAUUUGGGCCCCAACGCCACGCGGGUCGGGGUGAUCCAGUACUCCAGUCAAGUGCAGAAUAUCUUCUCCCUCAAGACCUUCUUCACGCGGGCGGACAUGGAGAAAGCCAUCAACAGCAUCGUCCCGCUGGCGCAGGGCACCAUGACAGGGCUGGCCAUCCAGUAUGCCAUGAACGUGGCCUUCACCACGCAGGAGGGCGCACGCCCUCUGCACAAGAAGAUCCCCCGCAUUGCCAUCAUCGUGACGGAUGGAAGACCCCAGGACCGUGUCACUGAGGUGGCCACCCAGGCCCGGAACGCUGGCAUUGAGAUCUACGCCGUGGGCAUCCAGCGGGCAGACAUGAACUCGCUGCGCGCCAUGGCCUCGCCACCGCUGGAGGAGCACGUCUUCCUGGUGGAGUCCUUCGAGCUCAUACAGCAGUUUGGGAAGCAGUUCCAGGACAAGCUCUGCGGGGUGGACAUGUGCACGGGGCAGGAGCAUGGCUGCCAGCACAGCUGCAUCAGCACCCCUGGCUCCUUCUACUGUGAAUGCAACCCAGGCUACAGGCUCAACGUGGACGGAAAGACCUGUUCCUUCAUCGAUGCGUGUGCAGACGGGAGACACGGCUGUCAACACCAAUGCGUCAGCGUUCGUGGGUCGUACACGUGCCACUGCCGUGCGGGUUACUACCUCCACCAGAACAAGAAGAGCUGCUCCAUGAUCGAUUACUGCAGCUUUGGAAACCACAGCUGCCAGCACGAGUGUGUGAGCAUCCCCAAUGGGCACUACUGCCGCUGCCGCAGCGGGUUCACGCUGCAGCCCGACAGCAGGUCCUGCAGAGCCACUGACCUGUGCAACGGGCUGGAUCAUGGCUGUGAAUUCAAAUGUGUGAGCACGGAGGGCUCCUACCGCUGCGUGUGCCCUGAGGGUCAGCAGCUCCAGGCUGACGGCAAGGCGUGCAGCAAGUGCGGGGCUGGACAUGUCGACCUGGUGAUGGUGAUUGAUGGUUCCAAGAGUGUCCGGCCCCAAAACUUUGAGCUGGUGAAGCAGUUUGUGAACCGCAUCGUGGACCUGCUGGAGGUGUCCCCCCACGGCACACGCGUGGGGCUGGUGCAGUACUCCAGCCGCGUCCGCACUGAGUUCCCUCUCAACAAGUACCACAGCGCGGAUGAGAUCAAGAAGGCGGUGAUGGAGGUGGAGUACAUGGAGAAAGGCACCAUGACAGGCCUUGCCCUCAAGCACAUGGUGGAACACAGCUUCUCCGAGCUGGAAGGUGCCAGGCCUGCCUCCCACAACAUCCCCAGAAUCGGGCUCGUCUUCACAGAUGGGCGCUCCCAGGAUGACAUCUCUGAAUGGGCCAGGAGAGCAAAGGAGUCAGGGAUCGUUAUGUUCGCUGUGGGUGUUGGCAAGGCUGUGGAAGAGGAGCUGAGAGCGAUCGCCUCUGAGCCAGUGGAGCAGCACUUCUCCUACUCAGCAGACUUCACCACCAUGACGCACCUCGUGGAGAACUUCAAGCUGAACAUCUGCCCAGAGGAGGGCAAAGGGGAGACAGAGAUCCGCAGCCCCUGCGAGUGCGAAGCGCUGGUGCAGUUCCAGACGAACACUGUGGCCAUCCUGCAGAGCCUGACCGAGAAAAUUGCUCAGACGACAGCCAGACUUGAAGACUUGGAAAAGCAGAUUGCCAAGAAGAAGUGAUCCUUACAGAGGGCUGCAGCGCUCGUACAGGGCAUGGGGAUGUACAGUAGCUACGUGGCAUUGUUAUUGCUAGGUUAUUGUAAAGCAUCAGUGUUGUUUGUUCUUGUAUUGCAAAAUCCCCGGAGGGAUGUGGAGUGUAUUUAAAAAAACAAAAAAUCCUAAAAAAAAAACAUACCAAAAAAGAACUUGAGCAAGAACCCCUACAGUGAAGCCAAGGGGUUCAGUCAGUGUUGGUGCCUCAUUCCUCUGAACUGGCAGGUCUGGGAUGAGGCAGGAUGACUGUGUGGGCAGGCUGGGCUUUGGAUGAGGGUUUAGAUUGGAUAUUAGGUCAGGUAUUGGACCAGGCUGCCCAGGGCAGUGGUGGAGUCACUGUCCCUGGAGGUGUUCACAAACCGUGUAGCUGAGGCCCUCAGUGACGUGGGUUAGUGGAGGCCUUGGGAGUCCUGGAGUAACAGUUGGACUUGAUGAUCUCAAAGAUCUUUUCCAACCCAGUUGAUUCUAUGAUUCUGUGUGACACCCGGCCUUUUCCCAGAGUGACUGGGAUGAACCAGCCCCUGCACAGCACCCAGCAUGCUGCUUCGCAAGAGAAAACCCCUCCAGUGAUGGUGCCCUGGGAGCUGCGAAGUGGUGGGGCUGGGAGAGCUGCGGGCAGUGCACAGGGGUGGAUGCAGCCCAGCCAGCUCCCUCAUGGCACCCAGGUGUGCACCCAUGGGGAAGCGGGCGCAGGAAUCAGCAGAUCCCCUUGUCCCUGUUUUGGCAGAAUUGUUCGGGAAUCGAUCAUUAUAUCGUUUGGUUUUUUAAUCACAUAGUAAAAUGGUAAUAAUUCUUUCUAUAAAUAUCUGUGUGUGUAUAUAUAUUUCAUUCUGAGAGCAGGGUAGUGCUGUUU